AAAAAAGAAAACAAGUUGACACACACUUGCCUCUAUAAAUCCAAUCUAGGCCUCUCUCUCAUCUUCUUAUAACUUGUUUCUUCUCCUCUAUCAAAUCAGAUCAAAACUUGUGUUUCUUGCUCCCAAAAUAUUGGAUAAAUAUUCUCAUAAGUUUUGAAAUUGUGUUUCUUUGUUAGCAAAUAAAUAUGAGUUGCAAUGGAUGUAGAGUUCUUCGAAUAGGUUGCAGCGAAACAUGCAUCCUUCGUCCUUGCCUUCAAUGGAUCGAAUCCGCCGAGUCACAAGGCCACGCUACCGUCCUCGUGGCUAAAUUCUUUGGCCGUGCCAGUCUAAUGUCACUCAUCUCCGCCGCACCCGAACCAAACCGCCCUGCUUUGUUUCAGUCUUUGUUGUUUGAAGCGUGUGGGAGGACGGUGAACCCGGUUAACGGAGCGGUUGGUAUGUUAUGGACCGUGAACUGGCACGUGUGCCAAGCGGCUGUUGAAACUGUUCUUCGCGGCGGAACUUUACGACCUAUCUCAGAUCUACCCGAAUCUCCUUCGUUGAACUCCUCAGAUGAGUCUACCGAGAUCUGGCGGAUGCAACGUCGCGACGGUUUUUCGACCUCAGGAUCCAAGCUCAGUACGACGGGGAUGAAAGAAUCUCUGGUCAACCGUACACGAUCGAAAACCGAGUGGUCUGAACAGGAUAUGGAGCUACAGUUGAACCCUGGGUUAGCUCUAACGGGUCCGGUUGUCCCGGUUCCUUUUCUUCCACCCACCGCAUUUAGCAAGGCUGUUAACAGUGAUCAUCCGGGAAGUCCAUCGGAGGAGUCUGUGACGGCGACGUCGUGUUAUGAAAAUGGAAUCAGCGGCGAUGGAUACAGAAACAAAAGAGAGAGAAAGUUAUUAAUCUUUUUGUAA